GGCGCAGUGCGCGCCUCGGUUGUCAAACAUGGCUGAAGCGCCGCUGCUACCGCUACAGCCGCUGAAGGGAAAAUGCUGAGCUCGCCCGGGCCGGGUGGGCGGCGGCGGCGAGGGCGGCGACGGGAACCCGCUUCCCGGGCGCGGCGGCGGCGGUCAUGGCUCGGCUAGCCGACUACUUCAUUGUGGUAGGCUACGACCACGAGAAGCCAGGGCCAGGAGAAGGUCUGGGGAAAAUAAUUCAGAGAUUCCCACAGCAGGAUUGGGAUGACACGCCUUUUCCACAGGGAAUUGAAUUGUUUUGUCAGCCUGGUGGGUGGCAUCUGUCCAGAGAGCGGAAACAGCCAACAUUCUUUGUGGUGGUCCUAACAGAUAUCGACUCAGAUCGACAUUACUGCUCGUGCCUAACUUUCUAUGAGGCAGAGAUCAAUCUCCAGGGAACAAAGAAAGAAGAGAUUGAAGGUGAAGAAGUGUCUGGUUUAAUUCAACCUGCAGAAGUAUUUGCUCCCAAAAGCCUCGUCUUAGUAUCUAGAUUAGACUACCCAGAAAUUUUUAGGGCUUGCUUGGGUUUGAUCUAUACUGUGUACGUGGACAGCCUGAGUGUCUCUUUGGAAAGUCUCAUUGCAAAUCUUUGUGCUUGCCUUGUCCCAGCUGCUGGAGGGUCUCAGAAGCUAUUUUCCUUGGGUGCAGGAGACAGACAGCUGAUUCAGACUCCUUUGCAUGACAGUCUUCCUGUCACAGGCACUAGUGUGGCUCUUUUAUUUCAGCAAUUAGGAAUUCAAAAUGUCCUCAACCUCUUUUGUGCAGUCCUUACAGAAAAUAAGGUUCUCUUCCACUCAGCAAGUUUCCAGAGACUUAGUGAUGCCUGUAGAGCCCUGGAAUCUUUAAUGUUUCCUCUUAAAUACAGUUAUCCUUAUAUUCCCAUUCUUCCGGCUCAGCUACUGGAAGUUUUGAGUUCUCCAACUCCUUUCAUUAUUGGAGUACACUCCAUCUUUAAAACUGAUGUUCAUGAGCUUUUAGAUGUAAUCAUAGCGGAUUUGGAUGGAGGAACCAUUAAAAUCCCUGAAUGCAUUCACCUCUCCUCUCUCCCGGAGCCACUCCUUCACCAGACUCAAGCAGCACUUUCUUUGAUUUUGCACCCUGAUUUGGAAGUAGCAGAUCAUGCUUUCCCUCCUCCACGAACAGCUUUAUCCCACUCAAAAAUGCUGGAUAAAGAAGUACGAGCAGUUUUCCUUAGGUUAUUUGCACAACUGUUCCAAGGAUAUAGGUCAUGCCUCCAGCUUAUACGGAUCCAUGCUGAGCCUGUGAUUCACUUUCACAAAACAGCUUUCUUGGGGCAGCGUGGUUUGGUUGAGAAUGAUUUCCUCACGAAAGUGCUCAAUGGAAUGGCAUUUGCAGGUUUUGUUUCAGAAAGAGGGCCUCCAUAUAGAGCCUGCGAUCUCUUUGAUGAGUUGGUAGCUUUUGAAGUAGAGAGAAUUAAAGUUGAAGAAAAUAACCCGAUGAAGAUGAUAAAGCACAUCAGAGAACUUGCUGAGCAACUAUUCAAAAAUGAGAAUCCAAACCCUCAUAUGGCGUUCCAGAAAGUUCCACGCCCAACAGAAGGCUCCCACUUGAGAGUUCAUAUUCUUCCUUUCCCAAAGAUUAAUGAAGCCCGGGUUCAGGAACUAAUACAGGAAAAUCUUGCUAAGAACCAGAAUGCACCUCCUGCUACACGGAUAGAAAAGAAAUGUGUUGUGCCAGCAGGUCCACCUGUUGUUUCAAUAAUGGAUAAAGUGGUAACAGUUUUCAACAGUGCACAGAGACUGGAAGUUGUUAGAAACUGCAUCUCGUUUAUAUUUGAAAAUAAAACUUUGGAAACUGAAAAGACCCUUCCUGCUGCCUUGAGGGCCCUUAAAGGAAAAGCAGCCAGACAGUGUCUCACUGAUGAACUGGGUUUGCAUGUCCAGCAGAACCGGGCAAUAUUGGAUCAUCAGCAGUUUGACUAUAUAAUAAGGAUGAUGAAUUGUACUCUGCAGGAUUGUUCAAGUUUAGAAGAAUAUAACAUUGCUGCAGCACUACUCCCUCUUACCAGUGCUUUCUAUAGGAAACUUGCCCCUGGAGUCAGCCAGUUUGCCUACACCUGUGUACAGGACCACCCCAUUUGGACAAAUCAGCAGUUUUGGGAGACAACUUUUUACAAUGCAGUACAGGAGCAGGUUCGCUCCCUGUAUCUCUCAGCAAAGGAAGACAAUCAUGCACCACAUAUGAAGCAGAAGCUUCCCAAUGGCCGGUGUCAGGAGAAGACAGCAAUGGACUUGGCAGCUGAGCAGCUUCGCCUUUGGCCCUCUCUGAGCAAGUCAACUCAGCAGGAGCUGGUUCAACAUGAGGAAAGCACUGUCUUCAGUCAGGCCAUUCACUUCGCAAACCUGAUGGUUAACCUGCUAGUUCCACUAGACACAAGUAAAAACAAGCUCCUUCGAGCAUCAGCCCCAGGAGACUGGGAAAGUGGGAGCAACAGCAUUGUCACAAACAGCAUUGCAGGAAGUGUAGCUGAGAGCUAUGAUACAGAGAGUGGGUUUGAAGAUUCAGAAAAUAAUGAUGUUGCCAACUCCGUUGUAAGGUUCAUUGCCCGAUUUAUUGACAAGGUUUGUACAGAGAGUGGAGUGACUCAGGACCACAUCAGGAGUCUCCACUGCAUGAUACCAGGAAUUGUAGCUAUGCACAUUGAGACUCUAGAGGCAGUACAUCGAGAGAGUAGAAGACUUCCACCUAUCCAGAAGCCCAAGAUUCUUCGACCAACUCUGCUGCCAGGAGAAGAAAUUGUAUGUGAAGGUCUCCGAGUCCUACUGGAUCCUGAUGGUCGAGAAGAAGCCACUGGAGGUCUCCUUGGAGGUCCUCAGCUCCUGCCUGCAGAAGGGGCCUUGUUUCUUACAACUUACAGAAUUCUCUUCAGAGGGACACCACAUGACCAGCUAGUUGGUGAACAGACAGUUGUGCGGAGCUUUCCCAUUGCCUCCAUCACCAAAGAGAAGAAGAUAACCAUGCAGAACCAGCUACAGCAGAACAUGCAGGAAGGGCUGCAGAUUACAUCAGCAUCUUUCCAGUUGAUUAAAGUAGCAUUUGAUGAAGAAGUCAGUCCAGAAGUGGUAGACAUCUUUAAGAAACAGCUAAUGAAGUUCCGUUAUCCUCAGUCCAUUUUUAGUACCUUCGCUUUUGCUGCUGGACAAACUACCCCACAAAUCAUUUUACCCAAGCAGAAAGAAAAGAAUACCUCCUUUCGAACUUUCUCAAAAACCAUUGUGAAAGGUGCCAAAAGGGCAGGAAAAAUGACAAUUGGGAGGCAGUAUUUAUUGAAGAAGAGAACAGGAACAAUUGUAGAAGAAAGAGUAAAUCGUCCUGGGUGGAAUGAAGAAGAUGACAUUUCUGUUUCAGAUGAUAGUGAACUCCCAACAAGUACAACCCUGAAGGCCUCCGAGAAAUCCACAAUGGAACAGUUGGUGGAAAAAGCAUGUUUCAGAGAUUAUCAGCGCUUAGGUUUGGGAACCAUAAGUGGCACCUCCUCCCGUGCAAAACCGGAGUAUUUCCGAAUCACUGCCUCCAAUAGGCUGUAUUCACUAUGCAGGAGCUACCCUGGCCUUUUAGUCAUACCUCAAGCUGUACAAGACAGUAGUUUACCAAGAGUAGCCCGCUGCUAUCGACACAAUCGCCUACCCGUCGUAUGUUGGAAGAACUCAAGAAGUGGUACUCUGCUCCUCCGAUCUGGGGGAUUCCAUGGGAAGGGAGUUGUUGGUCUUUUCAAAUCACAGAACUCCCCUCAAGCCGUUUCUACCUCCUCUUUAGAAUCUUCCAGUAGCAUAGAGCAAGAAAAGUACUUACAAGCAUUAUUGACUGCAGUUACUAUCCAUCAGAAACUCAGAGGCAACAAUACCCUGACUGUCAGACCAGCACUUGCUCUGUCCCCAGGGACUGAAAGGAGGACUUCAAGAAUGUCCACUGUGCUUAAGCAGGUAGUGCCAGGACAUUUGGAUGUAAACCCAUCCAAUAGCUUUGCUCGAGGAGUGCAUGGGUACAGAGACAAAUGUGUCACUCAGUCAAAUCCCAAAUCGUCAGCUAAGGAAACAGUUCAUAAUCAAGGUGUAUGGGCAAGUCUUCGUUCCAGCAGCCGUUUGAUCAGCAGUCCAACAUCCUUCAUUGAUGUUGGUGCCAGGCUGGCAGGCAAGGAUCACUCAGCCUCCUUCAGUAACAGCACCUACCUACAAAACCAGCUCUUGAAACGACAAGCCGCCCUUUAUAUAUUUGGUGAAAAGUCACAGCUAAGGAGCUUCAAGGUAGAAUUUGCUUUAAACUGUGAGUUUGUUCCUGUUGAAUUCCAUGAAAUCCGACAAGUGAAAGCCAGUUUUAAGAAGCUAAUGAGGGCUUGUAUCCCAAGCACCAUCCCUACAGACUCGGAAGUGACGUUCCUGAAGGCCCUGGGAGAUUCUGAGUGGUUCCCACAGCUUCACAGGAUAAUGCAGCUGGCUUUGGUUGUAUCAGAAGUGCUGGAGAAUGGGUCUUCAGUUUUGGUGUGUUUAGAAGAAGGCUGGGACAUCACUACACAAGUGACAUCCCUGGUGCAGUUACUCAGUGAUCCCUUCUAUAGGACAAUUGAAGGCUUCCGGAUGUUGGUCGAAAAGGAAUGGCUCUCUUUUGGUCAUAAGUUCAGUCAGCGCAGCGGCCUGGCCCUUAACUCUCAGGGCAGUGGUUUUGCUCCCAUCUUCUUGCAGUUCUUAGACUGUGUGCACCAGGUCCACAAGCAGUAUCCAACUGAGUUUGAAUUCAAUCUCUAUUACCUAAAGUUCUUGGCUUUCCAUUAUGUGUCUAACCGCUUUAAAACAUUUCUUCUGGAUUCAGACUAUGAAAGAUUAGAGCAUGGAACUUUAUUUGAUGAUAAAGGUGACAAGCAUGCCAAGAAAGGAGUUUGUAUUUGGGAGUGUAUCGACAAAAUGCACAAACGGAGUCCUAUUUUCUUCAAUUACUUAUAUUCACCAGUGGAAAUAGAGGCCCUGAAGCCUAAUGUUAAUGUCUCCAGCCUCAAGAAGUGGGAUUACUACACAGAGGAGACUCUGUCUGCAGGUCCUUCAUAUGACUGGAUGAUGCUGACCCCCAAGCAUAUUCCCUCCGAGGAGUCAGAUAUAGCUGGAGGAGCUGGACCCCAGACUCAAAGGAGAACAGUGUGGCCAUGCUACGAUGACAUAAGCUGCAGCCAGCCAGAUGCCCUCACCAGACUUUUCAGUGAAAUUGAAAAAUUGGAGCAUAAAUUGAACCAAACUCCUGAAAAAUGGCACCAGCUAUGGGAAAAAGUAACCAUGGACCUGAAGGAUGAGCCAAGAACAGACCAUUCCCAGAGACACUCAUCAGGGUCCCCAGGACUUGUGUCCACCAACGUGCCUUCGUAUCAGAAGAGACCUGUGCUCCACCCACUGGACCGCAGCACUGGCGAGGACCAGAAUGCCACCAUUGCCCCAUCCAAUGGUGUAGAGCACAGAGCAGCCACGCUUUACAGCCAGUACAUAUCCAAGAAUGAUGAGAACAGAUCCUUUGAAGGGACACUGUACAAAAGAGGAGCACUGCUGAAGGGCUGGAAACCCCGCUGGUUUGUUUUAGAUGUAACAAAACAUCAGCUGCGAUACUAUGAUUCAGGGGAAGACACAAGCUGUAAAGGACACAUUGAUCUGGCUGAAGUAGAAAUGGUUCUCCCUGCUGGCCCCAGCAUAGGAGCUCCAAAGUAUACAAGUGACAAGGCUUUCUUUGAUCUUAAGACCAGCAAGCGUGUGUAUAACUUCUGUGCCCAGGAUGGACAGAGUGCCCAGCAAUGGAUGGACAGGAUCCAGAGCUGCAUCUCUGAUGCCUGAUGCCCAUGAUUGGCCAAGCACAUGGGUAGAGGAACUCAAUCUGCCAGACAGGAGCAGGUGAUGGUCAUCCCAAGGCCUGAGGUUCUGCUUAUUCUGGCCCUGGCACACUGGUCUGGGUAGGAGCCCAGGUCCCCUUAUGGCAUCAUUCCAACAGGAUUUAAGCAGUUGGAGAUCAGAGAAAGUUCCCAAACCUGCUGCCAUCAUCUCCUAGGCAAGGUAGCUACGACCUGAGCCUUCAUGAAGGUUCUUUUUGUUCUCCAAGGCCAUAAUUUCCUUCAAGAACUUUGACAACAAAAAUCCAUACCCUCUAAAGGUCAUCAUAUGUUCUGUAUAUAUUUCCCAUAUGUAACACCUACUUUUAUGCCUGACCUUUGAGAUGCUUGGUUCUUGGUGCUACCAUGGAGCGUCACAGCAAGAGACCUCAUUACUCAUUGGCAGGCAAAGGGAGUGCACAGGAUUCUCAUGGGAAAAGCAACAGUGACACAAUAGCUGCUUCUAACCACUGGCCUCUGAGGACAUGGUGCCUGUGUCCCGUGCCCGCUCCUGCUCCUUGACAGCUUUCUUUGAAGUAACAGCAAGCAGGGGCAGAAUGUGAGACCCCACGAAACACUGGCAUUGAGCUUUUAACCAAGAAGCAAGUAGGAAACUGAUGCCAGCUGCUUGCCAGCAUGCGCCUGGGACAAAGCCAGAUAACCAGACAGCACUGCUCCUGAGAAGUAAGAACUGCUCUUACACUCCAUUACAAUAGCCUUGUUUCCUUAGCCUAAAGCUCAAGGGCACUGUUCACCUCCACGAACCUGAGCAGCUGCUGCAGCCGCUGGGCCCCUGGUGGCUUAAUUGAUGUGUUUGUUUUGAAAUGUUAAUAUGUUAAAUACCAAACUAAUAUUUCAAAAUAUGUAUAUAUGAUUUCUAUACCCUGAUUUUUCAGAUAGCCUGCUUAUAAUUUAAUAUAAAAAUAACUAAACUGAUUCGUAAGAUUUUAGUAAUAAAAGAUUGUUCCCUUUUUAAAGAAUAAAAACUACUUUGUAGAUUAAAAAUAAAUCAGAUUUUCAAAUUAAAAAGUAUCAACACACUAGAAAGUAGGGUUGUAUUAAUAUAUAAGAAAUUGGGAAAUAAAAAUGAAGGAAUUUUUUAUCAUAUUCAUUUUAUAAAUUUGCCACCUGUGAAAACGGUUUUGCACAUUAUUUGUAUUUUUCUUUGUAUAUGAAAUAAUUUUUUGUACUUUGUAAACUAUGGAGCCCAUUGUACUUUAGCUCUUUGAGACUGUGCCCACUACUGCUUUUAUAACUGGAUUCUUUUAACUUUCAUGAAGGCAUUACAAGCCUUGAGUCCACUAA